AUGCGACCAACACAGCAACAAGAAGUCGCCGUCACCGGUCUCUCCUUGAAUCCCCAGGGAGGUGUUCCCAGCGUAGUGAAACGAGCUAUCGUGAUCGGAAACGGCUGCGCGGGCGCAGAGAAUCAGUGCAUCGGCCUUGUUCGAUCCUUAGGCCUUUUCGAUCGCCACCUCUAUUAUAGUGUCGCUAGGCCAAGAGGAGGAAUCAGUAGGUGGCUUCAUUGGCUUAAUAUCUCUCUUUACAAAAACCUUGGCCGUUUCAUCAGCUGUAUAUGUGCUGGAUUUUCCAUUAAAUCAAAUGAUUCUGUUGGCAGAAGAUCUGGAAUGAGGGAUGAGUUUGAGGUGGCUGAUGCGAAGCAGAUUGCUGCUAUGGCUCGUCGUACGUUUGACAAGAGUGGACCUUUGUUAGUGGUGGCAUCUGGUCGUGAUACUAUUUCUGUAGCAAGCUCCAUAAGACGACUAGCUAUGGAUUAUGUCUUUGUUGUUCAGGUGCAACAUCCAAGGUCGCGUCUCGAGAGAUUUGAUCUAGUGAUCACACCUCGUCAUGAUUACUUUUCUUUAACACCUGAAGGGAAGAGGCAAAUCCCUUUCUUUCUCAGGCCAUGGGUAACUCCACGUGAACCUCCAGGUAGAAAUGUGUUUCUCACUACUGGAGCUCUUCACAACGUGGACUCUUCUACUCUGAGAAACGCUGCUUUGGAAUGGAAGGACGAGUUUGAAUCUCUGCCAAAACCUUUGGUUGUUGUUAAUAUCGGAGGACCUACAAGGAAUUGUUUGUAUGGUGUUGAUCUUGCUAAGCAAUUGUGUGCUAUGCUUCACAGUAUCCUCUGGAGCUGUGGAAACCUAAGAAUAUCUUUCUCAAGAAGAACACCAAAGAAGGUCAAAGAAAUCAUAGCUAGAGAAUUGAUGUCUAACCCGAAGGUCUACAUUUGGGAUGGAAGAGACCCCAAUCCUCAUUUGGGGCAUCUAGCUUUAGCCGAUGCCUUUAUCAUAACUGCUGAUUCUGUAAGUAUGUUGAGCGAGGCAUGUACUACAGGGAAACCAGUGUACGUUGUGGGUGCUGAACGGUGUACAUGGAAAUUCUCAGACUUCCAGAAGACCCUUCAUGAAAGAGGAGCUGUUCGACCUCUAACCGGCAAAGAAGAUAUGGUUGAGAAGUGGAGUUACAGUCCUCUUAACGAUAAUGCAGAAGCUGCAAAGCGUGUGAUUCAAGAUCUGUCUGAGCGUGGAUGGAAAAUUGAGUCAUGAACAAGUUUUCCAGAGUAUCGUCUUUUCUCUUAUCAACAAAAUAAACUGUUUGAGGCAGGGCAUUAGCAGCGGUCUUUUUGAAGAGUAGAUCAUAAAGUCAAGGUCAUAUACACUUAGCUAAUUGGUUGAACCAGUAGCGAUAGGAUUUGUUAGUUCUUUGUUUUAUUCCCAUUUGGAUAUAAUGAACUACUGGUUUGUUUGAAACUUGAAAUGAAGUUUUUGAACCUUUUUUGGUAAGAUGAUCUAUUAAAAAGUUUUAAUUACUGGAGGAGAUGGAGGCACUGGGGAGCUAGAGGACUGCAGCCACUAACCGAAUCGCAAAUAGCAAAAGAAAAUUCUGGAUGUGUUCUCUGCUAGAGCUCUUGAAUGUGUGGAGUUAAAAAGUAUUGAUAACGACAAAACUCUGAAAUGGAUGAAGCUUUCUCCCUGCAUUGAGUGUGUGUUUGUAUAACG